GACUUUAUUCGUUUUCCCUAUUGAUAAGAAUAUCUACUCAUUCGUUUUCUGGAAUUUGACCCUCCGCUUUCUUGACUGUACACAGAAACUGAAGUAAAUGUAAAGGGGAAUCUUACUAGCACUUUCAGCAUCUGAAUUUAUACUGUUUUCGUUUUCAUUCUGGUGAUUAUCCGAUGUCAUAGAUAUAUCAGACAUUAUCGAUGGCUCUCUACGUCAAAAUAACAUAUGAUUGUCAAAUCUUACUGAAGGAGUUAAAUAUAUUGAAUGAUACAUCAUACCUAAAGUCACUGUUUCCUAAGGUUUCCAUAUUUACUCUGAAAUCCAUCUUUUGUUUCCCCUUGCUGUUUUCUUUGGAAAUCGUAUUGUCGUCAUCCAAUGUCAUUCCCCUAAAACUUUGCAUACAAGGCGAGUCCGAAAAACUAUCCUGUCUAACCAAAACUUUGAAAUAUUCGGCCUCAGUGAAAUUAGAUGCUAUUCUAUUAACAGUAUUCUUGGGUGCUUUCUCUACGGUUUUAGCGGGUGUUAUUUCAGAGGUUCGGUUUGACGCUGUUAUUGUUUGAUUGG